UCACUGAUCACGCCAAUCACGGUCACUUUCAUGACUGCUGUGGGAGUUCCCUAGAGCUGGAGAUGGAAGAAGAGAGAGGCUGAUAUCAGGCUGAUAUCAGGCGGAAUGAAGGUGUCACAGUGUGAGUAACAGCAGAAGCAUGGCUGCUGCGUUCCUCGACGGUAAGGACGCUCACUCCGUCCUGAAGCGAUUCCCUCGAGCCAACGGCUUCCUGGAAGAGCUGAGGCAGGGCAACAUCGAGAGGGAGUGCGGCGAAGAGAGCUGCAGCUUCGAAGAGGCCAACGAGGUGUUUGAGAACAAAGAGAGAACGAUGGAGUUCUGGAAAACUCGCAGCAUCUACACGGUGAGCAGCAACAACGAGGGGCGCUCCGAGCGCGCCGACACCGUCUACAUGGUGGUCCCUCUGCUGGGCGUGGCCCUGCUCAUCAUCAUCGGCCUCUUCCUCCUCUGGAGGUGCCAGCUUCAGAAGGCCACUCGUCGACGGCCCGCCUACACGCAGAACCGCUACCUUGCCAACAACCGCGGCACCCGCAGCCUGCCGCGCAUCCUGGUUCACCGGGAAGCGCACGCCGACAGCUCGCACCAGGAGUCCGGCUCGCGUUCCACCGUGGUCGUGAGCGGUGCUGAGAGAGGAGGAGGUGCCCAGUCGGACUCCCACGGCCUCCGGCAGCAGAACACUGGUGCGCUCUACGUCCAGGACUCUUCCCAGUCAGUGGCCUCGCGGCUGUCUGGUGCCACGCCGCCUCCGUCUUAUGAAGAAGUGACAGGACACCUGGAGAGCAGCGGCGAUGAGACCUCAGCACCGUCAUACAGCGACCCGCCACCCAAAUAUGAGGAGAUCAUAAAGGAGAAAUGAAACGUAACGCUUCCGUGGCUGAAGGAGGUCAAGGCUGGCUAAAGAGACGUUCCUCAGUUGGUGCUGCUGAAACUCUGCACCGUUUAACACCGUUGUUUCACUCAUGGAGCAACCUAAAGCCAGUCCCCUCCCACCCCCUCAUGAUUAUGUGUGCCACCCAGGAUUAUUAUUCAUAGUUCACCCUAAACACAUGUAACAACACAUUAUAUAAUAACACCGCAUUACGUAAUAACUACACUAAAUGUUCGGCUUGGAACGGCUCGGGGCGAAGGUGUGUCCCGGGGCCGUGGCCCUCUCUCCCCGCCGGGGAGGGACGGGCGUUAGACGGAGCUCCUGAGGCCAUGCUACUUUCAAAUGAUGCUACCUUUCUAACAUGGUCCACCCUACCUUUAAGUAAUAACGUGCAUUUUGCAUCGUCUUAUAUUCAGUUCUGUGGCUGACGGGAAGCCGGCGUGGUGACUUAAGGAUCGGGGGGGAUGUACGCUGAGCUUCUGGUCCCCGUGAGGACUCUAGCAGCUGCGUUCUGAAUAAGCUGAAGCUUUCAAAUGGUCUUGUUUUGGGGGAGAAGACCAUCAAUAGUCAACCCUGCUUGUUGCUGCUUUAUUGUGGCUGUUUAGACGGUCAGUCAACUCUAACGUCGAGGGGGACAACUGUGGUGUUGAAUUACAAUUUUGGUGCCAUAUUUAGUUCUGUUUUUGCCUUAUAAUCAUCCCUAAUUAGUAAUAUCCAAUAUUUAUAUUCAACUGCAACGCUUUCGUUUUCUAUUUGAACGGAUAGUUCAACAUUUUGGGGAAUUUCUUACGAGAGUCAGACGAGAGGAUCGAUUCCACUGUCUGUGUGUCUGUACGCUAAAUAUAAGGAUGGUUAGCUUAGCUUAGCAUAAAGACUGGAAACAAAGGGAAACAGCUAGCCUGGCUCUGUCCAAAGGAACCCCCCAUAAAACAGAUAAUAAUUGUUUUUGCUACUACUAUUACAUCAAAUCCUUCAUUUCUUUUGUCUUCAUUUUGCUCUGGCAAAGCGUGAACCGCCACAGCCGGAGCAACAAGGUGCACGGAGAGGAUUUGGCGAGCAGGUCGCUCACUAACUAGGUUUCUGUGCACAACGUGGGGGGGCACUAUAUGGGACUGAAGCUCCAUGCUGCAGCAGAGCUUUUUACUGACUGCCGAACAGUCACUGUGGCAGGCCGCCGCUGUUUCUUAUCUCGCAGUGUGCAUAUAUAGAAUAUGACUCUUUAAACUGUACAAACACAGUCAAUAGUGGAAGUAUUCACACAGUAAGCUCACUUACUUUCCUAAUACUUCUCGCUAUUGGCUAUCGAUUGUUGCGAGGGUUUUUCGGACCAGCUCAACACGAGCUUCUGUUCACUGCUUCCUCUUUCACAUGCUCACUAUUUAGCGGUUUGUAAACUCCUCCAGCCGGACCGAUUCCCCUCGUGUGCCGUGUGGUCGUUUAGUUCCCACGGACAGGACGGCCUGAAAUGAUAUUUCAUCCCUGCCUCGGGCAGAAAGGGGGUGCCGGCCGUGCACGGCCUCAUGGUGCUGACAGAGAGAGAAGAAAAACAGUGUGGGGCCAAAUGUAUAGAAAUGUACAAGUGUGAUUCUCACGAGUUCUUAACAUGUUUGUUGUGAUUGUAAUAUCUGGGUUAGGAUAUCUAUCACUGAAAAGUUGACAACAAGGUUUUAUAAUUCAGUCAUGAGUUAAUGUCCAGACACUUGUUCCAGUCUCUCUCCCACUGGGAGGACUUGAUUUACUCUGUUUAUAUCUCUGAAAUUAAAUAUCUUUGGAGUUCUUUCAA